CUGGCGAGUUCUACCUAAAAAAUCCCGGGUCAUCUGUCAGUGUCACUUUUCUCGUUUCGCCUGUUUUAUUUGCCACGAAAUGGUUUUGCUGGACAACUCGAACUUUAUCCUGCGUCUGGAGAAGAUCGCGAAUGCGGCCAAGAAAGACUCCUCCUUCACGUUGACAUUCAAACGCUAUGAUGGCCACGAUAAACCCGUGCCUAGAGCAGGACGGCCUCCGCUACCCAAACCGGAAACCUACAUGUGCCUGAUUCGAGCCCAGUCGAAAUCGCAAAAGAUAUCCACCGUUGUGAAGCAGGAGGAUGUGCCCGCCAUGAUGAGCAUGUACUCGCAGUUUAUGAAGAGCAAAAUGGAUGGUCUUAAGCGGGUGAAGAAGGUGAAAAGCAAGGCCAAGGCGACAAAGGGUUAGUCGGGGAGUGUAGGUCUUAGCUAGAUUUAUGUGACUGUUAAAAGAUCUUUCGUUUUAAAUGCAUCAUUUUCUACCAUAAA